AGUUUGGAUAUCUGGUUCAUGGUGGUGUCCCCGUUUCCCUGGGAAAAUGACAGCAGGAAUGACAGUACGCGAAUCUUCGAAAGCCAAUCGUUUGGAUCUGGGCAUGGACGCAACCUGCAUCUGGACGGACAAGGGAAAAGAUGAAACUGUGGCAUUGGCAUUCAUUGAUCAGAAGAUUCCAAAAACUGCCAGCCAAGGCAGAGCCAGAACUCGUGGAAGUACGCUGAGCCUCAGGGAUUCGUGAUGAGAAUUCAUGUCGAAACAAAACGGCGGCCCAUUGGUUUUCAGGGCCCAUCCUUAUUGCACAAUCGGACCGUACACAAGGACAGCAUGGACGACGAAGAAGACGACGACUUUUUAUUCGGGGAGGAUCCAAGGGAGCUGUUCUCCCAGAUGGUUUCGCAAAGCUUAUCUCCAAGCAAACCUCCGGCGUCGCAGCUGGCAGCAGAGCGGGCGGCUAUACAAUCGCCUUCGAACCACGCUUCUCCCUCGACCAAUGGAAAAACGAGGGCCGUCCCGCUACAAACGCACCAGGCGAAAUCUUCUGGGACUGGGAAGAAGGAGGCUGUCUUACCAGCAGAAAAGAGGGCUGAGACUAUUGGAAAGUCGGGAUCCAGCGCGAGCCAAGCGGUUCCGGCAAGAGCCGUGUCGCACGUCAUACUCAUCGAGGACGACGACGAUGUGGUCGAGCAGCCUCGGGGCAGGAAACGGCAUGUGGGUGGAAAACCGGCCAAUGCUGCGGCGGUGGCGACGCCCACGGUACCGCGUCAGGGUGUGCGGACAUCUACGCGUGGUCAAGAGAGCGAAAGGAGUGUUUUUGCGACGGGAUCGAGACCCGGAGAGUCUACUGCACCAUCAGACGGUGUGGCGAUGAAGAAAUCACGAUAUCCCGCUGUCGCGAGUCAAUCGAAAGACAGCGAUGGAACAGCGCCCGUGAGCAAAAUCAGCAUGAUCGAUGAAUCCGACUCUUCUACACCAAACGCCAGCCCCACUCCAGCUCAGGCCUCCUUAUCCAACUCAAAGAAGCUGAGGGUUAACCGCCGUAAUCAGGUGCUAGUUGACGAUUGGGAGGAGCAAACCCCCGUCAUCGAUUCGGAGCAUGAGACCAACUGGUGGCAUCAGGAUACACAGCAGGGGUCUUCGAGUGGAGCGCACAGGCCAUGUCAGAAGUCACCGUCAUCUAGCGCACAAGCCAUACCGACUGGUAAAGUUGGAACAUCUUCCUCACUGAAGGAGCCGAGGGCGCCAUUGAAUCGAAAGCCAGUAUCAGCGGAAAGCUUAUCAUCAGACGAUGCGGCAAGCCUCUUUGCAGGCUACAGCCAGAAUAUAACCGACUGCAAGACCAAACUCAACCCCGUAAAGGAAUCCCUACUCAAGAUGAGAAAACCUAUCAAUUCCUGGGAGAAAAAUGCGAAGAAUGUGCGGGAGACACGACUCCAAAAGCGAUUGAAGAACCUCCUAGAGACGGAUUUUGCUCGAGUUGCACAGCACAUCGACUCCCUCGUGCAGAAGGAGAGAAGUCCCAAACAACAAAGGAAGUUGCAGGCGCAUCUGUAUCGAUACGUGGUGGAGAACUAUUGGUGGACGCCGGAGGGCAAAUCGGGGGAUGAUUGGGCUUCGCUACUGGAACUGUGGGAGGCCCAUAUCAUUUCGACGAGUGGGGAGAUGACGCAGUCGAGUUCGCUGGAGGAAGCCAGUCAUGCGAGUCAGAUAAAUGAAGACUUGGAACAAACAUCCACGCAGGCGUUAUUUAUGGAAGAUGAUGUCUCGUCGGCUGGUGUUUCGCAACCUUUUGCCGGACCGUCCCAGCCUGCAUCCCGACCACCGGCACGACCGGAAAGCAGAAACGAACACGUAGAGGAGGAACAACUCUACAGCACACAGGAGGAGCGAAUCUUAGACUUCUUUACGCAAUCAACGCCCAGAUCCGCCCCGGCUAGAACACGUCCAGCACGGAGAACCCCCAUCAUGAAAAAAACAAAUAAAGCCCCCGGCGCAGGCGCACGGUCGUUAAGUCCGAAAGCAUCUCAGACCCACCGCACAUCGACGGACAUGUCUGCGAGACUAGCCGCUAGCGAGAUUCACCAGCUGAAAACGAGUUUGGCUGCUUGUGAAGCGAAGCUCGCGGAACAGAAGCGGGUGAUUGAAGCCAUGGAGAGGACCCACACUGUGGCCAGGACGUCUGUUGAGGAUCUGUGUGCAUUGCGCAACGAGGCGCUGCUGCAGAAGUUGAAGGAUCUGGAAAAGUUGGCAAUGGCUAAUGCAGCAUCGAUACCCACGUCUGCACCGCAUGCAUCAGCCGAAACCAGCACAACGUCCGACAUCGAGAGCAAACUCACACAGCUAGUCUCCCAAAAGUUCACCGAGCUCGAGUCCCGCAUGGCGACGGCCGCCACCCAGGCUUCCCAAGGCCUCGCCCGGCUUUCCACCCUCGAAACGCACGUCAAACGCCUCGAAGCAUUCCAAGAGGAGCAGUGCGGCGACAACGACCGGAUCCAUUCGGACUUUUGCCGGCUGAACCAGUGGACGGUGGAUGAGUUUACGAGUCGGGACGAGGUGUUUGGCCGUAUGAAGCGAGCAGCUGAAGAGAGGUUUGUGGACGCUGAGGGGAUGCUAGGGAAUCAUGAGGGUCGGAUCUCUAGGCUGGAACGCGAUAUCGGAGGGGAUGACGGCGGGGAUGAUCUGGAUCUGGAUCAAGGGCUGAACGACGACGAAAGUGAGGUUGCCAUCGAGAUGGUGCAGACAACGCAGACAACCGUAUCACCACUGUCUGCAACUGCCCCGACAGAAACGAACUGGCAAAUCAUCGGAAAGUUUGAAACCUCGCCAACCAAGACUUUUACGGCUCUGCCUUCUCCAUCAUCAACAGCAAGUCACGCUGCGGCAGCAAGUGCAGCGGGAUCCGGUCGGAGUACCUCCGAGCAGCCUGUGGACGCAAGCCAAAAUGAAGAACAGCACCACGCGUCUAUCCCCGACGCGUCGUUGAUCAAUCAAGAUGGUGAUUGCGAUGCUGCUGAUCGUGGAGAACCUGAUCGGAGCGCCUCGAAGCCACAAACUGAAAAACCAUCACCCAGUUCGGAUUCGGGGUUGCCAGCACCAAUGACGACGACGCCCUUGAAGCGGAAAGCGAGGAGUUUGGCCCUCUCGCGCCCUUCAUCUGACCGAGAGGAGGAUGAUGGUGGGGAGGAGGGAGAACCGCCAGGCAAGAAACAAAAACUGUGGGUGGCCGGCGCGCUCGGCUUGGGCGCUUUGGGUAUUGGGUGGUUGGUCAAUGCUGCAUGAUCAGUAUAUGGCGCGAGCUUUUGAGGAGGCGUACUUCUUGGAGUGAAUCCAGCGUGUGAGUGGGUAAUCUUCGGCAGGGAUGUACAUAGCACAUCCCGCAUACAA